CUUAUGCACCCUUUGUAGUGCACUAGAUAAUACAACAGCACGGUAUUUGAGGGUUAACCGCUAAGCCUUGUGUCUGUCUGGUCGGGCAUUUCGGAGUCGCAGCUGAAUUUCUUUCUGUGAAAAUGGACGGUCGCGGAUAUGGAUCAGGUUUCUCCAGCUGGGGUGGAGGAUCUUCUAGCAGAGGAUCUGGCGGCUACGACUUGUACGGCUAUAAAGACUCCAUGUCUGGAGGAUAUGGUGGAGGACAGAUGAAGAGAGGUCUGUCUGGGUCGCUCCUCUCCGGUGGGGGCAGUGCAGAUGACGUGAUUGCCAAGAUCAACCAGCGACUCGACAUGCUAACACAGUUAGAGGGAGGGAUGAAAGGAGGGGGUCGGAAUGAGCGGUUUGACCAGUACGAGUCUUUCGACUCGCGCUCCUCUGCCCUCGGCCCCCGCGAUCUCUACAGAUCUGGUAACCUUGUAUUUGGUGACUCCCGGGGCGACAUGAUGGCCCAGCGUGGAGGCAUGGGCUUUGGGGCGAUGGGUGGAGCUGGAGGGGGUGGUGGCUUUGGCGGCUCUGCCUCCCAUGGAAACGCCAAAAUGCGGCAUGUUCGAGAUGCUUUCUCAGUCUCCGGCUGGGGUGCGGGACAGAGGUCCCAGCACAGGGGCGGAGGGCCAGGCGGGCGCGGCUUUGGCCGUAGGCAGGAUUCCUCAAUGAUGGUUGGAGGUGGGCGGAGUGGGGGGCAAGGCCACUCCCCUUCAGGGCGAGGCAAGCUGCCGUCGCUCCUGAGCCACCGCAUGUACCCCGAAAGUGGGGGGUUCCAGCCUCAUCAUGGCUCCCAGGACUAUCCUGUGCGGCACUUCGGAGGGGGCAAAAACCUCAACCGACAACGCACCCGCAAGAGACCCCUCAACCGACAGCCGGUAAAACCUCAGCGUGAUGGACAGAAGAAGAGGAAGCAGACCCCAACUACAGCUGAUGAGCCCGAGUCGAAAAUGGGCAAGACCGAGUCUGAAGGAGACAAAGCCGACAAAGCUGAUACGGCUAAAGCAGCAGAGCCAAAAGAGAAGAGCGAUGAUGCAACUCCAGCCACUCAGGAGUCUGAAGCCGCGGCUGAAGGAGAGAGCGCGGAUCCAGCUGUUAAAGGAGAAACCUCUCAGUCAGUGGCAAAGCAGCAGGGGAAACAGACUCCUCCCUCUGCUUCGAAACUUAGAAAGAGGCGGGGCUUCUUUGAAAGUCGUGCAAUUUCCAGAGUGACGUUCGCGUGCUCCGUCUGCAAGUUCCGCUCGUUCUACAGCGAGGACUUGACCGCUCAUCUGGAGAGCAAAUUCCACAAAGAUCACUUCAGGUUCCUCUCCAGCCAGCUCUCCAAACCAACCACCGAGUUCCUGCAGGAAUAUAUCAAUGAUAAACAUAAGAAGACGGAUCAGAGAAUCAGUCAGCUGGAGAACCACAGCGCCACCAUCUGUCAGGUGUUGAGAGAGCAGGACCUGACCAGAGAGAUCGGUAUGGAGCACUUCAUGAAGAAGGUCGAGGCUGCGUACUGCUCAGCAUGUGAUCUCUACAUCCCCAUGCAGUUCAUACUCAUCCAGAAACACCUCAAAUCUCCUGAGCACAACUAUAACCGCAAGGGGAUGAUGGAGCAGUCAAAGAGGUCGAGUCUGUCUGUGGCCAGGAGCAUCCUCAACCACAAGGUCAUUGGCAAGAAGCUGGAGCGCUACCUGAAGGGUGAAAACCCCUUCACUGACACCCAAGAUGAUCAGGACCCUGAGGACUCGAUGAUGGAGGUGGCCGAUGGGGAUGCAGAGCAAAAACGGGAAGAGAAACAGGAAGAGGCGGAGCUUACGGAUGUAGUCGGGGAGCCUGACGUGUUAGGAAACGGUGAUGGACACGAAGAGGAAAUGAAGAUGGAAGAAGGUGGGGGAGGGGAGGAGGAAAGAGGUGAGGAAGGUGAGGAAGAGGGAGGGGAAAAGGAAGGUGAAGGAAGACAGGAGGAAGGUGAGGGAGAGGAGGAUGAGGAGGAUGGCGUGGAAGUGAAGGAGGAGGAGGAAGAGGAAGAUGGUGUGGAAGCAAAGGAGGAAGAGGAGGAGGAGGAGGUUGAUGGUGUGGUGGAGAACCUCCUGCAGGAGGCAGAUGAUGACUGUGGGAUACCUGUGAUUGAGGAUUAGACCUCUUCAGCGUGCUGAUGCUCCUCCAUGACUGAUCCAGGAUCAGCUGUUAGUGUUGUCGUUACACUGAUCUGAGAACAGUUUUAGAUGUGUAGUUGUUUGGGUAGAUGAAUCCACAUGCUGAUCCUGGAACAGCCCUGUUGAGAAAUUUGUGUAUCUGAAAUGAAUUUAUUAAAAAAAAAAAAACUGCACCAAUCCGGUCACACUGCUUUCUCUAUCUGGACCAAUUAAAUCAAAGCGCGCUCUCCUUUAGCCAAUCAGAUAUGAUUCUUAUUCUCUCUCUCUCUCGUCUGUAAAUCCACUGGGCAUGUUCUGUGUUCUGCAGGACCGCUUCCCCACACGUCACAUUUACAAUGAUGAGUUUGUUUUAUUUGUUGUGAAGACAUUUAAGAUGUCAAAUUUUUCUUUUUUUUAUUUAGUUUGUGUACAUGUGAUGCUGAAGAGGGAAACUCUCUCAAAUAUCUAAAACAUUGUUUUGCCUUCAGUUGAUGAUAAUAAAUGUUUAAAAUUA